UAAGCCUUGAGGUACUGGCGUGUGGAUGUGUGCCAUUCAGAGGGUGAAUUGGCAAGACAAAACAUUUAAGUGCCUUUGAACGGUGUAUGUUAGUCAUAGCUGCAGAAGCAUCUGGGCAUUGUUGCCAACUCCUCAGUAAGGAAAGUAGCUAUUGGCUGUCCUAUAAGUCACUAAAUUACGUCAUUGCCUAAUUUGCAUAAUUGGCCAUGUGCAUGUAAUUGUGAUGGAUGCUGUAGAGAGAGAGGAAUAAUGUCGUGGGAGAGACAAAAACCAGGGCGGGAUCAGCCAGCGGUCUGGACAUGGAGGGGGUGAACAUCUCCUGUUCUGACUGCAAAACUGGGAGGGACUGCUGCGUGAGGACGGGGCCACUUGCAAGUCAGUUAAGAACAUAUUCUUAUUUUCAAUGACGGCCUGGGAACAGUGGGUUAACUGCCUGUUCAGGGGCAGAACGACAGAUUUGUACCUUGUCAGCUCGGGGGCUUGAACUCGCAACCUUCCGGUUACUAGUCCAACGCUCUAACCACUAGGCUACGCUGCCGCCCCAAUUACAUAGAAAUGGAUUCCUGAUGUGGCAAGGAGCAAAAAUGCUGUCCAGCAUUUACCUAACUGGAGUUCUACGUGUCAUUCUGGUAUCGAUUAUCAGUUUAGGAGGAUUUGUGGUGCUGUUUUUAAUGCAUUAUAGCUCAGCACCAUCUCUGUACUGCCCUCCCCUGCCUGCUUUCCCACCGCAGUACUCAGAGAGACCCCAAGGACAGCACAACAGCUCCUUGGCUAAGACCCUACCAGACAAGCCCAUUAUGCUGUUGUGGUUCUGGCCUGAACACUACAGGUUUGACUUAAGCGAUUGCGCCACUCUCUUCAACAUUGAUAGCUGUCUCCUGACUGAUGACAGGUCUAUAUACAACAAGGCAGACGGGGUGCUCAUCUUUCACAAAUCCAUCAAGCAAGAUUUAUCCAACUUGCCUCGAUUACCCAGGCCACCAUUCCAGAAGUGGAUCUGGUUCCAUGUUGAAUCCCCUACAAACACAAACAGGCUAUCUGGUCUAGAGAACCUUUUCAAUUUGACCUUGAGUUACAGGCAGGACGCAGACAUCCCUAUUCGUUGGCGCUUGACCGCAAGAAAAGGCCAGGGGGAGGAUUUUGUGCUGCCCAAGAAAGAUAAAUUAGUUUGCUGGAUUGUUAGUAACAAUAACCCUGCCACUGGAUCAGGUCAAAGGUAUAACUAUUACAGAGAACUUGUCAAACACGUUAAGGUGGAAGUCUUUGGCAAGGCCUUUGGCCGUUUCUUGAACUAUGAGGACUACUACGAUACCAUCUCCAGCUGUAAGUUUUACCUUUCCUUUGAGAACUCAGUCCACAGAGACUACAUCACUGAGAAGCUAAACGGACCACUUGCAGCAGGAACUGUACCAGUAGUAUUGGGCCCACCUAGACAAAACUAUGAGGACUUUGUCCCAGGAGAUUCCUUCAUCCAUAUUAAUGACUUUCCAGAUGUGAAAGCCCUGGCAGAAUUCCUCCUGAAGUUAGACAAGGAUGAUGAGGCAUAUCUGCACUACUUUCAGUGGCGUGAACACUUUUCUGCUCAACGCCAUCUAAUUCAACAGUAUCAAGAGUUCACCCAUGCUAUUUGUUAUGCCUGUGACCAUGUGGGAACACAUAAGGAGUACAGAGUUGUUCACAAUCUUUACAAAUGGUAUUUUGGUUAAUAAGGAACUUACAAUGAUCUCUACAAAUAUUGGUGUUUUGAGCCCCACAUUUUCAGCACCCCAGAAAAAUAUAGGCUUCCCUGUUUUUUUUUGGCCAUUAAUACAUGUCACAUGUCAGUUUGCAAACAAUGUCAAAAUAUAUUGACUUAAUAAAGUUGCAUAAAAACAA